GAACCUGCAAAAGAAAAAAAGGAAACGAAAAAAAGGAAAAGAUGGCACCGCUACCACCACCACUCGGACCGACAACGUUGCCACGCGAAAGGCAACAUCAUCGCCGAGCCCACGGACUGUACUUCCACUCAUCGCCCCCGAAAGUGCUCCAAAUGAACAACCAUCUAGCAUCAAAGGAUAACGACAUCCGGAGUAGAGACGUGAUCAAACCCUCGAAUAUACGAAUAUGGCUACACCACAAACAGAUGUCCAAGUUGGCCAAGGUGCUCUGGGCUGGCCAGGGCAUGCGACUUCGGACGGAAACAUCACACCAUCCGCGGAUGAAGCGGUUCCUCGAGUGUGUUCCUCACGUCAUGGGGGUCAUAAAAGAAAUUCACCAGGCCGUGGUGGACAACGAUCUGGACACGUUGAAGGAGAAGACUGCGCCACCGGCGCCGAGGGUCAUUCUCACCAGCAAGGAUGCGAACGGGCUGACGCCGUUGCAUAAGGCGGCCGGACUAGCGCACACCCACAUCGUCGAAUAUAUCCUCUCGGCAUGGCCCAGCCUUUCGUCGGAUGAGGAUCAUACAGGCAAGACGCCGCUUCAUUGGGCGGCAAGUGCGAAGAACAACGCACGCAGUUUCAAUCUACUAGUACAGGCCGGAGCCGACGAGACGGCCCAGGACAAUCGCCACAAGGUGGCGGAGUACUACAAAAACAAACCGACCGACAUCGACCGAUCGCUGCUGUCCGUCAUCCCGGAGGCGCCACGAAUAUCGCAGCAGGGGUUUCCGGCCUACUUCGACUGGGCAAUGUUCACGCUGGAGGACGAUUCCGAUGAGGUAGCCAACGGUGGUUCACAGACGCGAAUGAAACCGUUUCUUUCGCAGAAUAAUCUGCUGGACGCGGCCGACACGCCAACGGGGGUAGGGGCUACCGCGGGCGGUGAUGUGGUCAAGUCAAAGUCGGUGCACAAUCUUACCAACGGCGUGCUGACCGAACUAGGGGCUCCUACCGCCGAACAGCAGCCUGUGGAGCAAUCGAACGGCACUGAUGUUAAAGAGGAAGAGGCCAAGGACAACGAUGGAAUGGAUGCUGAAUCCAAGGAAGCGUCGGGAAACCAAGACACCGAACAAGAGAACAAGUCCGAGCAAAAUGAAACGACAGUUGAACAGGAUGAGACGGUGGUGGAGCAAGACGAGCCGGAUAAGGAUUUACCGGUAGAACAGGAACAUGCUAAUGGCGAGGAUCAGGAGGGCGAGCCAAAAACGGCUGACGAACCCGUAGCUAAGGAGGAGACCUCUUCGGCGGUGGUGGAAGAGCGCCAACCCGCUGAAGGGGAGAUUGGAAAAGAUUCGGCGGAAGGAGAGGAGGAAACUGAAACUAAUAGACUCGAUACAGGCGAGGUUCAAGGAACUCCAGAAAGGAAGGAGGAUGCCAGUAGACCAGUGUCAACAAAACCGUCAUCCCUUGGAAGUGCAAAGAGCACUGGAGACGAUCGGUACACGCCCGUCUCCGAGGCGGAAGUGGAACCCACCGAUAAAAGUCCAUCCCCUGCGGUGGCCGAGGAUGCAGAGGUCUCGAAAGACAGUCUGGAGCAAGCGAUCGACGAACGGAAAGACGACGAAAUCGAUCAGGAUAGUCUGGGGAAAGAUGUCGAGGUGGAAGAACCUGCCACAGGCAGCGAGGGACAACACACGCGACCUUCAUCGACCAUAUCUGGUAGAGAGUCCAUCAGAACGGGGCCACCAUCUCGAGCAACGACUGGAAAAAGUGUUAAAUCGAACGGUACAGCAGUCGAGCAGGAUGGAGUAGGUACAGUGGAUCGAACCAGCAGACAAGCUUCAGCUAACGACAAUCAGAAUGGCACCCAGCACGACGACCAGGACGACGCUGGGACUGAAAUGAACAGCAACCCUUUGGAUACACUGGAAGUACCGAAUGUACGGAACGAAUCCGGUUCCGUUAAGAGUGCCAGCCGAAGUACUGGAGGCACUUCCGGUCGGCGAACUAGCAUCUCGAGCUCCGUUAAAGAUCCGACCACUCCUGCCUCUCGUCCCCGAAGCCGUGCCGAUUCGAACGUGGAUUCCAUUUCCCGUGCAGUAUCCUCUACGACGACGACCGGACGUGUGUCUGGAAAAUCGAUCAAUUCGACCACCACAAACUGGCGGACAUCGAUCAGCUCUCGGAAGUCUGGCCACUCUGCCGCAGGUCCCGAUAAAGCCGAUCCGGAUGAUGACUCCGAUCUGAACGAUGACUCGAACAAUGCCGACGUUCAGAUUGUCAGUUAUCGAACGCCCGACGAGAAGUCAUCGCCACGAAUCGACACCGACGGGGCUGCUCGGGAGAUGAAUGAAACGGGCGUGGAUGACCGACCGGAAAUUGUAUCUCGCGGAGUAAAGGAAGAGAAGCAGAUUCAACCAGAUAAUGCUUCCGACAAUGGUACGGCACUAGAUCGGACAGCACAAGAAAAAGUGUCCACGCAAGAGGAACCCACCAACCAGGUGCUGGAAAUCGAGGGAACGGUAGAAGGUGAACCGGACCACGGCCAGCUUCAGUCGCAGAACCAACAACAGAUUAAUCUUGCAGAACAACCGAAUAUGCAACAGACGGUGCAGGAUGCAAUUGAUGCAGCCGAUCUGGAACAGUUGGCCGCGAUCGUACUGAACGGUGAAGGCAAACAGCUGGUUGGAAAGACGUCCGAGCAGACGGAAAUUCAAGCUUUUCUAGAUAACGUGCCUGCAUACAUGGGGAAAAUACGGCGCGUGCAUCUGGCGGCACGCGAGGGUAGCCUGCGUGACCUGCAGUCGGCGCUGGACAGGCGUAAAUUUGCCACGGCAAAGGACGAAAUAUCGCCGCACGGUGCAACGCCCCUGCACGUGGCCACCAUCUUUGGACAUGCAGGCAUUGUUCGCUACCUCGCAGGCCGGUUCCCGGAAACCCUCGGCGCAACGGAUGACGAUGGCCGGACACCGCUGCACUAUGCAGCGACGCUAAAGGAUAACGGGCACUUCUACAACCUGCUCACACACCUCGGGGCCAACGCGAAGGUCGAAGACAACCUCAACCACUCGGCCGAGUACUAUCUGGGUCACGUGCAGUCGCAGGGCAUCCUUUCCCAUCGGCAACUGUUGCGGGACUAUGGCGCCAAGGAGGAGCUCGCAGAUGAGAUGCUGAACGAUCAAGUGCCCGACGAUCUGCACAGUGCUCGUCGUCCACUGGACGACGUCGACACGCUGACAACGCUCGAGCGGUGUUACAAAAUUAUCCACGAACCGAUCGAUGACCUAGUCCGCUCGGUCGGACUGCCAACGAACAGCGUACCGGGCAGUGCGUGCUCGCUGCGGAUCCUGAUCACAUCCUACUUGGCGCGCUUCCUCAAACGUAGCGUCUUCGACAAGAUCAAGAAGCGUCAGACCCGGCUCGAUCACAAUCUGUUCGAUGUCAUCUGGCCCGCGAUGAAAAAGGCCACCAAGGAGAAGCGGCUGGAUGAAGAUCUGAACGUGGGCAUCGUCAUGCCGGACUACGAUGUGUUUGUCGUGUUCCAAGAGUUUCUCGUGCCACUAAUCAAGGACGUACACUGUAUGGAGCUGACGCAACCGCUUAUGCCCCAUCCACCGAUGCAAUACUUCCCGCGGUAUAUCGUCAAUGACCUGGAGCCGCACGGAGCUGGAACAGGUCAGAGCUCACCACCGGCCUCGAGUACCAACAAUGGGAACACAUUACGCGAGAACCCCGAUAGUGUGCAGCUCAAUCUGGACACCUCGGGCAAGUACAUCACGGGCUGUAUCGUGGAGUGCGCCCGGAACCUGGACGCGUACGAAUUUCCACUCAACCUCGGCAUUGCCCAGCUGGAGCAGGUUGAACGACUCAUCACAGCCAAAGUGCUAUCGAUGGACUUCGUGCGAGCCGUAGGAGAGACCGAGCUCGGGACGUAUUACAGCAUGAACGAAAUUCUGGAGAAUCCAUCGGAGAUCCGAACCGUACUGGCGGCGAAUGGGUUGCUGAUUCCUCUGCUUGAUCAUACCGAUCCCUACCAGACGGCAGAAUCGAUCGCCAUCAACGGACGCUACUGGCCGUACGGGCGUGGAGUAUACGUCAGCCUCGAGGGAAACCUGGCCGUGUGGGUCAACGCACAGGACCAUCUCCGGUUGCUCUGCUGCACGCCGAGCAAGGAUCCAGCUUCCAUCGGUACGGCCUACUCGAAGGUUGGGCGUGCCAUGAACUACCUCGAGGAACGGAUCCCCUUCAAGCACAGCUACUUCCUGGGCAAUCUGCUCUCGAGGCCCUCGUUUCUCGGCACGGGCCUUAAGUUUACCCUCACGCUCGCCCUGAUCCAUCUGCGUAAGGAGCGCGAGAACCUACGCCAUCUGUGCGUCGUCCGCGGGCUUCACCUCUUCACGGCCGACGAUCUGCCGACGGUGCGGAUGUGCAACAUGCGCAGUAUGGCCCAGACCGAGUGGCAACUUUUCCAAGACUUUAGCAGUGCCAUCACGAACAUCGUUGCCCUCGAGAAGGAACUGUCCAUGUCCAAUUCCCUACACAUUGCCGCCACGCUGUUGCGUAUAUUUCAACUCGGUGAACAACAGAUGGAGAUACCAUUAUUCCGCACAGAAGAGGGACGAUAUUUGGCUACUUCGCUUGGCGAUCCGCUAAUUAAAGGACUAACCGAGAUUGCCAACAAACGUCCCCCGGACCCCGUCACCUACUUGGCGAACUAUUUGUUUAACUUUGCCAACCAGAAAUCAGGUACGGGUCGCAAGGAGGCGGAUAACGAUACAAACAACAAUUUAAUAGAAGGCAGCGUCAACCAGUCGGCCGAACAGGAUCUGGAAAGCUCGAGUAAGCAGGUGUUGCCGGACGGCGGCUCGCUAUCUCAUCCGCCGCCCCCGAUGGAACCGACCGUUAGGGAUGAGAACCAACCGUCACCCGAAGAAUCGGACAUCGUGCCAGCACCGUCCGAUGAUCGGGAUGAGCAUGGACAGAGCAUGCUUCAUUUCGCGUGUGCUCGAUCCCACGGCAGAAACGCCUUGAUACAGCUUAUCGAAGAGUCCGGAACGAACAUCACCUACAGGGAUGAGUUAUACCGUACGGCGCGGGAUGUUGCCCUGCAAGCAACCCAACCGGACAAUGCAAAAGAAAUCGAUCGCUAUGUGAUCGGGCUGGUCGCUAGAGGUGAUCUCGAGGCUUUAAAUGGAAUGCUCCUGGAAGGAUACGACCAUAUCGUUGAUGUCGUUGCACCGGACGGUGUUCCUAUAUUACAAGUGGCUAGUGAUAGAGGCUUUCAGGACAUAGUACGGUUUUUGGAGGGCGUGCGUGCUUUUGAGGAGAAUCGAGAAAAUCUCCUCACUGCAAUCCGGCAAAAGCAGUUUGAGGCGGUUGUUAAUCUGACAAAACUACCGGAUGGGGCUAAACUUGUGCGUGCGAAGAACUACUACGGACGCUGCUCACUGCAUAUAGCAAUACUCAUGGAAAACGAGGACAUUGUAGACUUUUUGGCAUCCAACUUUAAGGCGGCCCUCAGAAUUGGAGAUAACUUGGAUCGCACUCCGCUGCAUUACGCCAUGGGUGUAAGCAACGUGGAAGCCCUCAGCCGCAUACUGAUAAAGAAUGGCGCCAAACGAGUACUUAAGGAUUUGAAAGGACGCCAGCCGACCUACUAUUUUAUGAACAAAGCGGAUAUUCUACGUUUACAGGAAGAGGAAAAGGAGUAA